AUGACUAGUUGCCUGAAACCUCGGCAGCAGGAAUUAAGAAAGUUAAGCUUAAUUGACUUACACUCUUUUUUACAAUCAGAUCACACGGACUUUAAUGUUCUUUCCGUUUCCACUAAACACAUUGAGUCCACUAACCGUAUCUCCGUUUCUUUAACUAAAAACAGUGCUAAAUCUUUUUACUUAGAGCAACCACUGAGCAAGCCAAGUAUUCAACCUAAUAAUCUUAAACUUCCUGAUGACUGCUUACAAGAUGCCCAAAACUGUAUUGACCUAGGAACCACUAAUUCUUGUGUGGCAGUUAGGCAAGGAAAAGAAGUUAAAGUUAUUGUAAAUAACGAAGGGAAAAAUACCACCCCCUCGGUAAUUUAUUUUAAUAAAGAGGGAAGAGGGGAAGCAGUAGGGAAUGCUGCGAAAAAGCGAGCCAACACCGAGCCCGAGCGAGUGAUUUUUGAGGUAAAACGUUUAAUGGGAAGGAAAUUUGACUCUCCCCAAGUGCAAGAAUUUCACAAAGUUGCCCCGUUUCAAAUUAUCGCUGGGAAAAAUGGCGACGCUUACGUUAAGUUAGGCGGAAAAGAAUAUUCUCCCCAACAAAUUUCGGCUCUUGUUUUACAAAAAAUGAAAGCAACCGCCGAGGAUUAUUUAGGAGAAAUUGUGAAACGAGUAGUAAUUACCGUUCCCGCUUAUUUUGAUGAUGCUCAACGCCAGGCUACCAAAGACGCCGGAGAAAUUGCGGGCUUGAAAGUAGAAAGAAUUAUUAAUGAACCAACUGCUGCGGCUUUGGCUUACGGUAUUGACAAAAAAAAAGGACUGCACACGAUUGCGGUCUUUGACUUAGGGGGAGGAACUUUUGAUAUUUCUAUUAUUGAAAUUGAAGAGGAAGUUUUUAAGCGUCUCAAAGAAGCAGCUGAAAACGCUAAGCAAGAACUUUCUUCGUUGGAAGAUACAGACAUCUUGCUUCCUUAUAUCUCCGCGGAUGCUGCUGGUCCGAAGAAUAUGGAAAAAAAACUUUCCCGCACUAAGUUGAAAGAGUUAACCGCUGACCUUUUGGAAAAGUUAGUUCCCCCUUGUAAAAACUGCCUAAAAGAUGCCGGAGUUUCCCAAGUUGACGAAGUAAUUUUGGUGGGAGGAAUGACCCGCAUGCUAGCGGUGCAAGAAAAAGUAAAAGCAAUUUUUGGCAAAGAACCUAAUAAAUCAGUCAAUCCUGACGAAGCGGUAGCCGUGGGAGCAGCCAUUCAAGGUGGGGUGCUAGCCGGAGAAACAGGUGAUAUUCUUUUGUUAGAUGUUACUCCUCUUUCUUUGGGAAUUGAAGUAGCCUCUCCCGAAGGUGGUCUGAAUGAUAUAAUAAUUGCUCGUAAUACUACCAUUCCUACUCGGGCCACCCGCAUUUACUCCACUGCUGAAGAUAAUCAGCCGAGUGUCCAUAUUCGGGUUCUCCAAGGUGAAAGACAAAGAGCGUUAGAUAAUAAGGUAUUAGGCACUUUUGAGUUGUCGAACAUUGAGCCAGCUCCACGGGGGGUUCCGCAAAUUGAAGUUACUUUCGACAUUGAUGCUAAUGGCAUAGUCAAGGUUUCGGCGAAGGACAAGAAAACUAAUAAAGAGUCAGAAAUUACUAUUCGGGACAGCAGUGGUCUCAGCAAGGAAGAAAUCGAAAGAAUGGUGAGAGAGGCUGAGGAAAAUAAAGCCAAGGACGAAGAAUUAAAAAGUAAUGCUGAACUGCUUAAUCGUGCACAAACCUAUUGUCAUACUUUCGAAAAGCAAAUAGAAGAUUUCAAAAAACACAAAGACUUUAACGAGAAUGACGAAGGAUUCAAAAGCUUUGUGACCAUGUAUCAAUCCUUACAAGAAGCCACGAAAAAAAAAGAUUAUCCAGCGGUUAAAGAACAGUUAAACAAAGUGGAAGAAAUGAUGAAACUAGCCAACGAAUUAGCCCAAAAAAUGCCGAAAGAAGCAGAAAAAAAAGAAGGUGGUGAGGAAGAAGUUUUAGAUGUCAAACCCGAGAAAAAAGAUGAUGACAAAAAAUAA